GAGAGGGGGAGAGAGAGAGAGAGAGAGAGCGAGAGAGAGAGAGAGAGAAACAAACUCGGACACAGAUCAGCUCACAGCUCAGCACACUUUCCCUGUUUUCUGGAUUAACCGGAACGCACCCGCUUUUUCUCUGGAAGCUCCUUACAACGGACAAGUCUUACAAACUCGGUGUUAAUACUUGUCUCAUUUAUUUUUCGUCUGUUUUCUCAACGAGCGUUUUGUUUUGUUUUGUUCUGUUCAGAAGCUGAAUGUUUGCGCUUAAUGGAAAAUCUCUGCACAGAAAAAUGAACCCAAACUAUUUAAACUGCUAUCAGAGCCGGCUACUGCUGCAUGAAUACCAAAACUUUCUCUAAAACAAACAAACAAACAAAACAUUUAAACACAGGGGCUGCAAACAUGUUGGUGUCAGGUUUAUUUGUUUUGAAACAGCUCCCCCUGUGCAGUAACUGUCUGGAUGCUAGCCGGAGUUAGCGUUAGCUUUAGUAGCUGGAACUAGAACUGUUUGUUUUUAGGCCUGCAGAUUACAAAUGCUUACAUUACAAAUUAUAUUUGCAUGACUAGUGCGAUUUAUAUGUGUAUAUUCAUGCAACAGUUUGUGUGCUGCGUAACAUUAAGUGUUUGACGCUUUUGGGGGGAAGAGACAAAUUCUGGGUCUGUAUUCUGGAUAUUAAUAGAACAAUCUUCUUUACUUAGUUGUUUCUUGUUGUUGUUGUUGUUGUUGUUGUUGUUGAUUGAAUAUUCGGUCCACUCCUGUGCCUGCGCGAUUAGUUGCAGAGAUUUGAUAGCAGAGGGUUUUUUUUCUCUCUCUCUCUCCCUCUAACUCGGGUGAUGAGUGAAGUUUAAGAAGGCAAGGAUUUCAGGCAGAUUACAUCAGUCGAGCUAUUUAUUACAUUUAUAACUUGAUCAAACGAACGAUUAUUCGAUGUGCAAGUGCUAGGUUUUGUGUUCUCUAUUAUCUAAUGACCCAUGCAGGAGUUUGGACGUUUUUUGAACAUUUCCCCCCUCUUAAAUCGGACUUGGUUUUUUGUCUUGAAGAUGCGAUAAAGUUACAUGAAGAUGGUCUAGACUUUUUAUUGUGUGGGGACUUUUCUGCGCUCCAGCCCACUGAUGCUGUGCACUGACUGAUGCCAGGACCUUAAAUAUGCCAUUUGGAUUUAAAUCGCAUACAAGCUGUAAAACGGAAGCCCAAUGAGCGACAUACAGCCAACACUCACUGACAGGUUUUCCAAAAAAGCAAUCAGAACCAGUAGCAUUCUCAGCAGAGAUCACCCCCCAGACAAAAAGCCCAAAAGUGACCAGGCUUCAGUUCCUCCAGCACAAGACUUUGACUCUACAGGGCUGGUUCAGAGAUGUGUGAUCAUUCAGAAAGAUGAGAAUGGUUUUGGCCUAACAGUGAGCGGCGACAACCCUGUGUUUGUGCAGCUCGUCAAAGAGGAUGGAGCCGCUAUGCGUGCAGGGGUUCAGACUGGGGACAGGAUCAUUAAGGUCAAUGGGACCUUGGUGACACAAUCAAAUCAUGUUGAAGUGGUGAAGUUAAUCAAAUCGGGUUCCUAUGUGGCCCUUACUGUGUUGGGCCGACCACCUGGGUUACCCCAGAUUCCUCUUUCAGAAGUUGAUCUGAACCUAGAGUCAUUAGAGGAUAAAGGGGCAUCCUCAGUCUCUUUCCCACAAUCUCCACGACAUGUCCAGAGCAAGCGGGAAUACAAGGAAGAAAACAGUGUCAUGCACAACCUGAAACUGGACAACAUGGAGAAGAAGCUGACUAAAGAAAGACGGGAAUUCCAGGACAUGAAGGAAGAAUAUGUCAAGAAUCCUACCCUCCGGCUACUGAAGGACAUUCAGGAAGUGAAAAGAAACGCGCACAGAGCUAUUCAGGAUGGCCUGCCUGUUGGAGAUGGUGUGUUGGAUGUAGACCGGGCCAGUUCAGAUGGCUUCUGGAGCCCUACCCUGCAUCGCCACCACACAGCUUCCCCUAAGACUGCUGGGCAGAAAGACUCGAAUAGUCUAAAGAGCAUACAACGAGACGGUCUGAACUCAUGCUCUUCACCUGAGAAUGCACACACCUCUGACCUGGAUUCGCAUCUCCAUCCUGGUGUGAAAAGUGCUUCCUCCAGUGCGUCCUCUCAGAUCAUUGGAGCUGAGGAUGACUACUUUGACUCAGAACAUGAGCAGGAGCAGGUGAACGUGCACUGUAACUGUUUCAAGAGUUUGGAGCUACUUAAGAGUCGACCUGCACACCUUGCAGCUUUUUUGCACCAUGUGGUGUCCCAGUUCGACCCUGCUCCUGUGCUUUGCUACCUUUACACUGACCUGUACAAGCAAACCAACUCAAAAGAAACCAGGCGGAUCUUCAUGGACAUCUUCACCUUUUUCAUUGACAGGGGGGCUAACUUAAAAGUAAUUGUUCCUGAAUCUAUCUCUUCUGAACUUGAACGACGGAGGCCAGAGCUGAUUCCUGAGGAGUUACACAGACAAUAUGUUCAGACCAUGCAGGACACACUUCUCCCUGAAGUGAACAGAAUUCUAGAGGACUUCAGACAGAAGCACAGUAUGGGUCUGACCUUAGCUGAGGGAGAGAGAGCUCAUCCAGACACAGAACAGUUAAAAGAUGCCACUGCUCUGGAGAGAGAGAGAUCCUGUGCUGAGAACAUCCUAGCCAAAAUAGACGACAUUCUGUUGUCCUCACUAGCUGCAGAAGAGGACAAAUGUACCACAAUACAAUACGUGAUCUACAUCUACAUGAAACACCUGGGUGUGAGAGGAAAAGAGCAGCGUAACCUAGAGUCCAAACGUGUGCGCAUAAACUUCCUGCCCAAGAUCAAAAAGAGCAGCAAACUGGAGAAAGAAGUUGAAGAAAAGGUGAAGAAGCCUCGUUUCAAUAUCCUUGUGCCUCAGCGUCGGCCAAGCCGCAUUGAAACAACACCUGUAGGUCGCACCAUGGAUGGAAGCAAGCCAAAGCCUCAGAAGCAGCUCUCGCAACCAGCGAUGGGAAAGUGUGAGGUAGACGGUGGGCGUUUACGGGGAAGCCAGUCGAGCGAAGGCUCAGACCUCAUCAGCAACAUUCCUCCCUACAGCCCUAUCUCAGAUACAGCCUUCAGAGACAUAGACUGCAGUGUGAACCCAUCCUCUGUGCUCCAUGGGUUGACUGAUGUUAUUCAGGUUGGGGAAGGGCUGGACAUGACAUACCCCCCAUGCGAUUACCUCCCCUACAACGUGGAGCAUCUUGAUGAGGACAGAGACGGAGACAGAUUUGUGGAUGUGGGCACACCUAAACUCAGCAGAAGGCUAGAGGAGACACUGAGUGAGGACGAUGGUGUUUACUCUGACAUGGACCCUCCAAACUGGCAGCAGCUUGUGAAAAUGGAGGUUCUAGCUGAACUGACGCCCCAGGAGAUCAAGAGACAGGAAGUUAUUAAUGAGCUGUUCUACACGGAGCGUGCACACGUGCGCACGCUGAAAGUCCUGGACAAUGUCUUCUACCAAAAGUUGACCCGUGACAGCAUAUUACCACCUGCCGACAUCAAAAACAUCUUCAGCAACCUGGAGGAGAUCAUCCAGCUCCAUGUGAUGAUUUCAGAGCAGAUGGCAGCCAUACGUAAAAGGAAUGAAACGUCAGUGGUUGACAAAAUUGGAGAUGAUUUGCUGUCUUGGUUCAGCGGAGAGGAGGAGGAAAAGAUGAAACAUGCAGUAGGCACCUUCUGCAGCAACCAGCCCUUUGCUCUGGAGCUCAUCAAGAGCCGGCAAAAGAAGGACCAGCGCUUCCUAACCUUCAUGCAUGAGGCAGAGAGUAAUCGGAUGUGCCGGAGGCUGCAGCUGAAGGACAUCAUCCCUGCCGAGAUGCAAAGACUCACCAAGUACCCAUUACUGCUGGAGAACAUCGCCAAGUACACCGGGGAUGCAGAGGAGAAAGAUAAGGUGAGGAAAGCGGCUGAUUGCUGUCGCAAGAUCCUUAACCACGUUAACCAAGCAGUGAAGGAGUCAGAAAAUAAACAGCAUCUGGAAGACUACCAGAGACGCCUGGACCUCUCCACUCUGAAGCAGAGUGAGAAUCCUCUCAUUUCCGAGUUUAAGAAUCUAGAUCUCACCAAGAGGAAGUUGAUUCAUGAAGGACCACUGACCUGGAAACUGAAUAAAGACAAGACAGUUGAGUUAUACACAUUGCUUCUUGAGGACAUCCUGGUGCUAUUGCAGAAGCAAGACGAGAGACUCGUUCUGAAAUGCCAUAGUAAGAACCGUGCUGGCUCGGCCGACACGCAGCACAUCUUCAGCCCUGUCAUCAAACUCAAUACUGUACUGGUGCGCUCAGUGGCCACAGACAACAGGUCCUUCUUUGUGCUCUCCAUGUCGGAUAACGGAGCUCAGAUCUAUGAACUGAUGGCCCAAACAGUGUCUGAACAGAGAAUAUGGCAGAGGCAUAUCAUUCAGCGAGCAGAGGCAAUGAAGUCCAGGCCACACAGUGUCAUUCCCUUGCCUCAGUCUGGAGGGGAGAGAAGUGGAGUCGGAGUUGGAAAACCUGCCAAAGCUCCAGAGCGUGAGUGUUCUAGCAAUGCUCAGGCCUCAGGUAAAGCCCAUGAUGCAGCAUCUGAUCGUGCCGCCAACAAUGAGGAGCAGGAGCAAAUUCGGGCACAUGGCCAUGAUGAAAGCUCUUAUCCAGAGCCGGAGCUGUUGGCUGGCUGUGACACAGACUUUCCAUCCUCUUCCUGCAGAGCCGACGAAGCUCUGAAAACAUUGGCAGCUUUAAAACAGGUGCUGGUAACUCAGCUGAUGGCCCAGAACGACGGGGAGAGGAUGGGCCGGCGUCUUCUCAGGACAACGUCUUUGCGCACAUCAUGCAGGACUCAGGACGCCUCCUCAGGGGACACAGGUUUUUAUGAAGGCACUGAGGACUAUGGCUUGUCCGUACGUGUGAUUGAAGCAGGCUACCUGCUGCUGGAGGGCUCUGGUGGCUCCGAGGGCAGUACUGAUGAUAACGUACAGUACAGGAGGAAGGAGUUGGGUCUUUCCCGUGGCUGCGCUGCUGACUCGGGUAUCAGCCUCAGGUUUUCAUCAUCCUCAGCAGAGAGCUUAUGUGGCAUCAGCAGACAGGUUCUCACAUACCUGCGCUCUCUGCAAGCCAACCUCAAUCACCUCAAGGAGCUAGAGAGCAGAUAUUAUCUGUUAAGGCAAAAACAAGAAUCAGCAGACACUGGGGGAAACAAAGGUGCCAUCAACCUUUCCGUUUUUAUUGAACUGCUGUGACGGUGAAAUGGGACUUCAGCUGUAGCUACGAUUAUUUCUAGAAAGAGCAGCUGUGAGGCUGGAACCGUGCUUGAGUGAAGAUAUCCUCAUGGUUGCUGCAUUCAGACCAUGGGAAGAAUCAAUGACGCAUCAAUGAGCUGAGUUCAAACUGCUAAGUUUUGGACGGUGAGUAUGUGAUUAUGUGUGGUCAUAUAGCAUUAUUAAACACAUGUAGCCUACUGACCCCAUUCAGAGAACCAAUCUUGCUUCACCAGGUCACUGUCAACCCAAAAAUAUAGCCAUGGUCACAUAAUGUUUAAAAUUGUUUCGGUUUAAUAUUAGAUCAUUUGAGAUGUUUAGGUUUAGCAGACCAUCUUAACAAUCUUAUAAUCUACCUGAAGCAGUGUUAGGAGCUCAGAUCCAUUUGAAUCCUGUGCUAAUGCCAGCAGUCCUCUCAAACCAAGAGAUGUGGCUAGCAAGGGACUGCCUGCAAUGAGAUUAACUUUUGAUCCCUGUUCUUUAAGCACUCUUGGCCAGGUUCCAAUCCACCUGUACCAAAGAUUCAACAUUCAAUUUACCAGCUUCUUGUCUCCUAUUAAAUAUUCACCACGUCUUUUGGCCAAGAUCUCAGACACAUACUACAAAAUGGCUACACUCCAUAUGGCGAAUGGCGAAUGCGUUGAAACACUGCAGUGGUCGUGUAGAGUGUAAUCAGAGUUAUGCAAGCUAUGACUGAUUCCCCUGUGUGUGUGUUUUAGGAGCCUGUUAGAAGCAAAAAGAAAAUAUAACAAAAAGUGUGAUUUUACUCACAGAUGUAUGUGAUGUAAUGGAAUAACUGGAGUUUGGGAGAAAGUCUAUGCCUGAAGCUUCAGCUACUACCCAUUUCUUUGUUUCUCUGCUUGUGAUGCCAUUUCCACAACUCUGAUGGCAAUACAGCAACCCUCAAAUCCACUCAUGAUCUCAUGAUCCCAUGCAGGACCUACUCCUACCAGCUCACCAAUACUAUCAAGCUCCAGAUUCAUCUUCAGCAAUCAACAACCCAGCAUGACUAACCACAUUCAAAUGAAUCAUAUGGGCAUUUAAUAUGGGCUAUACUUACUCCAACCACAACUAGAAAUGUAUCUGUGGGACCCAGUGUGUGUGGGUGUUGGGUAGGAGGACUCAGGAGACAGGUGUAUGGUGGGGUUUUCUGUUUUAUCAUUUAUUUGUUCACUUUUCGUGUUCAUUUCCACCAGGUUCUUUUCAGUGUGUUCUUUUCAACAUAAAUCUCUCUCUCUCUCUCGCUCUCUCCCCCUGUGUGUGUAUGUUGGUGGUGGUGGUUCAUAGUGUUUACUGCAAGGAGCAGCAAAGCAUAUAUAAGUAGACUAGCCAAAAUCACACACAGGUGGGAAUCAGUACACUUUACCUGCUGUUUCAACCAGCCUCUUCCCCAUUGACAGACACUUGAUCAUGCCCCCACAGUAUCCUUACUAACCGCUUACCUCUAGUAAAUUACUUGUUAAGACUGUUUUUAGUGCCAGCCAGAGGUGAAUGUGCUCCCCCUACUGAGCCUCAGUUCUACCCAAGGUUUCUUCCUCCUAGCUCUGUCUGUGAGUUUAUUUUUGUUGUUGCUUCUGAUGCCUCAAGGUUGCUCACUGGUGGUUAAUGCACUGUGAUCUCUAGGACCUCUCUGGGAUCAUUCAGUUACAGAUGCACUGUAAAGUAACUCUUUUUUUCCCCCUCCUUCUUCUUCAACAUCACUUCAUUAGCCCAUUUUGCUACAUAGACAAUGACAUCUAGGACACACCUUCCUCACAGAAACUGUAUAUUUUAUUUUUUUCCCCUCUCUAUCUUGUUGAAUCAGACAAGCCUUCAACCUGUGGCAUCCACACCCCAUCAUCACGGGGUUAUGAAUGCACAGGCAGAGUCCGUUCUCAUACACAGAUUUGUCUUUGAGUCAAUAAGGAUACCACAUUUUGUGACCUUAAUGCUAUUCCUUCUCUACCACACUAACUCAAGUCUCAGCUUUCACCCUUCCAUUCCAGUCCAUCUGGUUGUGAUUAGCCUCAAGAGUCAUUAAGUUUUUAAUUGGAGCCCUUCACAUCUCCUCCAAGGACUUUCAGACAUACUUCCAGACUGCAACUUCAGCAGAGCUCCUAGGCAUUCUACUUUUAAAUUCGGACCCAGAAACAUGACUUAAAAAGGACUCGCGUGGUGCAGCAUGCAUCAGUUUAACAUUGAGUUCUUUGAGGGCCCUGCUAUUUAGUGCAAAGCAGAAGCUGUCCAGAACUCUUGCCAAAUUCUCAUAAAAAAAAUUUUAUAGGUCCAUUUUUUUUUUUAAUGACUCUUCAUUUCCUUUAGUUGAUGGUGUGAUGUGUGCACACAAAAUGGAGUUUUGGAAUAGCUGAAGUUUAGGGAAAAAGAGACCAGACCUGAAGAACCACCUACUUUGUAGUUAAAUUAUAAAAUUCUGGGGAUAUUGAGUGGUACAUCAGAAAAGCAUUCACCUUAUGAGAAACAUGAUAGCAGAAAAUAUGAUAGUGGAGUGCAAAAAAGAAAAAAUCUUUACUGACCCAUAUAAAUCUUGAUGGCAUAACUAAGGUUUGGGGCUCGAUUUCAGCCACUGCCCUGUGUGUGUGGAGUUUGCAUGUUCUCCCUGUGCUAUACGCAGUACAGAAAAUGGAUGGAUGGAUUCUCUUUUGGACUGGCUUUAUCAUGGCUUUUAUUUAAUGACCUGUAUUAACAAUCUAUAUUAGAGUAUUUUAUUCGGCUAAUGUGGUGGUGUGGGUUUUUUUUUUUUUUUUUUUUUUACUGCAAUAAAUUAAUUUUUAUAUUCAAAAAUAGACUGUAUGUUUUGAAUGCUGUUGAACUGCAUUUUUCACCUCAUAUUUGUACUGAACAUGUAAUAAAUUUUUAAACAGUUUAUAUCCCUAAUCGUUCGCUAUAUUAUUCCAAAACAAGUUGUACAGUAUCUAUGACUGAACAUAUGACGCAUAUACUUCUAAUAAAUAAUUUGCUCAA